GUAUAUUGGAUUGAGCGCGUGAGGAAGUCGAGCAGGUUCACUUCCAUCGUACGAGUGUACCGAAAAUGCAGAACAUGCCGAUCGGUGUGAUAUUGAUGCUGUUGGGUAUUGCUGGAGUACAAUGUAUGUAUCCAUCGGACUCGGAUGUGAUCGACCUAACGAUGAAUAAUUUCGACAAACGUGUUCUGGAUGACCACAGUAUAUGGAUCGUUGAAUUUUAUGCACCAUGGUGCGGACACUGCCAGCAAUUAAAGCCAGAAUACGAAAAAGCUGCUUCGGCGCUUAAGGGUGUCAUUAAAGUCGGAGGUGUUAACGCAGACGAGCACAAGUCUUUGGGUUCGAGAUUUGGGGUACGUGGUUUUCCAACGAUCAAGAUCUUUGUCGGAGAUAAAAGCACACCGGAAGACUUCAAUGGACCCAGAACUGCCGCAGGUUUGAUAGAGGCAGCCUUAAACGCUGCCUCUCAAAUGGUACGUGCCAGAUUAGGUGGCAAGAAGAGUAGCUCCAAAUCACAGGGGUCGAAGGAUUCCAAGGAUGUGGUGGAACUUACCGACGAUAACUUUGACGAAUUGGUCCUGAAUUCCGAGGACAUGUGGCUCGUUGAGUUCUAUGCUCCUUGGUGCGGCCACUGUAAGAAUCUUGCACCCCAGUGGGCCAGUGCUGCCUCCGAACUUAAAGGCAAAGUUAAGCUCGGUGCUCUAGAUGCUACCGUACACACAGCUAAGAGCAGCAAAUACGAAAUCCGAGGCUACCCGUCGAUCAAGUACUUCGGCCCAGGCAGGAAGACCCCCGAAUCGGUUACCGAUUACGACGGCGGCCGCACGAGCAGCGACAUCGUCAGCUGGGCACUCGACAAGCUGUCCGAGAACGUGCCAGCACCAGAAAUCACGCAGAUCAUUAACGAAGAAAGUCUGAAAGAAGCCUGUGAGAACAAGCCGCUCUGCAUCGUGUCGGUACUGCCGCAACUCCUCGACUGUCAGUCCGAGUGUCGCAACGAAUAUUUGAAAACUCUGUCGAAACUCGGCGAUAAGUUCAAGCAGAAGAUGUGGGGAUGGGUGUGGUCAGAAGCUACCGUCCAACCUUUGAUCGAAGAAGCCUUGGAAAUCGGUGGAUUUGGAUAUCCUGCCCUCGCAGCAGUCAAUAUCAAGAAGAUGAAGUAUUCCCUCCUCAAGGGUAGUUUCUCGUACGACGGCAUUCACGAAUUUCUGCGUGACUUGAGCUACGGUCGUGGUGGCACAGCUCCAUUAAGGACCAAAGAGCUGCCCAAGAUCUACACGACCGAGCCUUGGGAUGGCAAGGAUGCAGAGCUGAUCAUCGAGGAGGACAUAGACCUCAGUGACAUCGACCUCGAUGAAAAAGACGAGCUUUAAACGAGAGGGAAGCAAGCAGACUGAAUACACGUUUCUUUCUUUUUUCUUUUUCUUUUCUUUCUUUUUUUUUU